AUGAAUGAUGAUGGAAAAAUCAAUGCAACUUUGGAAGGCUACUUUGUUCUACUGGGUUUUUCUAAUUGGCCUCAUCUGGAAGUAAUACUCUUUGUGGUUAUCUUGAUGUUCUACUUGAUGACAUUGAUAGGCAACCUGUUCAUCAUCAUCUUGUCAUACGUAGAUGCCCAUCUGCACACACCCAUGUAUUUCUUCCUCUCAAACCUCUCUUUUCUGGAUCUCUGCUACACCACCAGCUCCAUCCCUCAGUUGCUAAUCAACCUCUGGGGCCCAGAAAAAAAAAUUUCUUACAAUGGUUGCAUGACUCAACUUUAUUUCGUCCUUGCACUGGGAUCCACAGAAUGUGUGCUGCUGGUGGUGAUGUCCUAUGACCGUUAUGCAGCUGUAUGUAGACCCUUGCAUUACACUGUCCUCAUGCACCCUCGUUUCUGCCAUCUCUUGGCUGUGGCUUCUUGGGCAAGUGGCUUUACCAACUCAGCACUUCAUUCCUUCCUUACCUUUUGGGUACCCCUGUGUGGACAUCGCCAAGUGGAUCAUUUCCUGUGUGAAGUUCCAGCACUGCUGCGACUGUCAUGCAUUGAUACUCAUGCUAAUAAGCUGACCCUCAUGAUCACAAGUUCCAUUUUUGUUCUCAUACCUCUCAUCCUCAUUCUCAGCUCCUAUGGUGCUAUUGCCCGUGCUGUGCUGAGGAUGCAGUCAACAGCUGGCCUUCAGAAAGUCUUUGGGACAUGUGGAGCCCAUCUUCUGGUUGUAUCCCUGUUUUUCAUUCCAGCCAUGUGCAUAUAUCUCCUGCCAUCAUCAGGAAAUUCUCAAGAUCAAGGAAAGUUCAUUGCCCUUUUUUACACUGUUGUCACGCCUGGCCUCAACCCUCUAAUCUAUACCCUGAGAAACAAAGAUGUAAGAGGGGCAGUAAGAAGAUUAAUGGGGUGA